ACUACAUCGCAACGAAGAGAAAGAGAGGGAGCGAGCCCGGCGACUCACCUCGUCCGAUGGCGGAGAACCACGCUGCUCCGGUGAGGAUACCGCCGGCGCCGUUCCGGCCCAAGAGUUCGCUCCGAUUCCUCGGCGUCUUGAAGCAACCGGACUCUGAUCCCCUCGAGCUUGACGAAGGCGACGUCGUCUGGUCCUCCGAUGAUCACUCCUCCCCUUCAUCCUCCCCUCCGAUCCUCCCCGAGGUACGUGAUCGCUCUUACUCCCCUGGCAGCCGCCGCCGCCCUUUCCCCCAGGAGGCGAUCGGGUUAUCCGCUCUACUCGCCUCUGGUGACGACGGACCGAUGGUUCGCAGGGGGCUGCCGGUACCAGCGCCGGCGCCAGCGCCGGCCUCGGGGGAGAUCGGUGCUGAUGGUGGCGGGAUUGGGAGGGCGGUGUAUGGGUCGGCGCCGGUGAAUGUGCCGGCGUGGCCGAAAGGGAGGGCGAGGGCGACGAUGAACGGGUGGGAUGAGGAAUGGGAUGAGUAUAAGAAGAGGGAGGAAGAGGAGGACGAUGACGACGAGGAGAUGGUACCGCCGCACGUGAUAGUGGCGAGGUCGCACGUGACGAGGUUCUCGGUGUGCGAGGGCGCGGGAAGGACUCUGAAAGGUAGGGAUUUGAGAAGGGUGAGGAAUGCGGUGUUUAAGCAGACUGGGUUCCUGGAUUGAAAUCUCAAUUGAUUGAAUCAAAGGGAUUAGGGAUUUGGGGAUUUUGUAGAUUGGGGAUGAUUAAUUUGGGGGAUUUUGGUGCCCUUGUGAUUAAUUAUUAUGCUGUAGUAGUAAUUGGUUUUU